AUGUUCCGUCUAUACUCCCAACACUUCCAACCAACACACCUUAUACUCCUGAACUUCAACCCUCGAAUUUUUCUUCUCUACUCGGAUUACCCUAACACCAUUACAUGGUCUUUCUGCCCCGGAGGCUUCCCCGCAUUCGACUUUCCUCUAUCGGUUGACGACCCCACGAUUGCUUAUACGCCUCACGUUACUCGUAUACCCUUCACAAAGACCUCGGAGGUCGAUGACGGUUAUUGCAAAAAUAAAAACCUUCUGCAAAAUGACGGACGAGCGACAAUGUGCUCGACCAACGAACGAAAAUGUGUUCAUAAACCAGUUGUGUCCUCGCGGACCUUGUGUUAUUAUAACUGUGCUGCCCAACGUUCUUCAUGCUAA